AUCUGGGAAAACUUGUUAUUUCCUCAAGCUCAUGAGGGCAAAAAGGAACUCUUUCCCCCACACCCUCCCAAAUGUCUCUGCUUUCAUAGAAUCACAGAACAGUUUGGGUUGGAAGGGAUCUUCAAAAGCCACCUGGUCCAAUCGCCCUGCAAUGAGCAAGGACAUCUUCAACUAGAUCCGGUUGCUUAGAGCCCCGUCCAACCUGACCUUGAAAGUUUCCCUCCUCUGUAGAUGUCUUCUCAGGCCGUUGCCACCCCUCCUUCACUUGCUUCCUCAUACCCAGCUGUCUGAUUCUCUCACAAGCGCAGAGAUGCCCAAACCGGUCAUACAGGUUCACGCGAUUUUGGUCACUGUAUUCAUUGCCAGUAAAUCUAAUUAUUUCUAACCUUGAUCUUUAUCAGAAGGACAUCCUUUUUCUCUCUUCCAGAAAGCUCAAUAUGUUUGCAACAUGCCGUGUGAAAGUAUUAAUAGAAAACCCUAACUCCCUUCCAGCGAUGCACAAGGAGCACAUGCUUCCUUCUUUCCUGACUGUGCCUAUCUCUCCUCCCUAAGGCGAAACUCCUGCACCACCUCUCCUGGUUUCAGGUGUAAUCAUAAACCAGCCAAAGGCAAUUAUGGGUAAUGUAGUUCAAUCGCUCCCUCCUGUCUGUUUGAACAAGUGGUGCCAGGUACCUGUUAGACUGCACAUUCCAGCAGGCGUUGCUCAGCACCCCUGAGAGUGAGGCACACCAGGUGCGCUCCCAGCACCUACUCGAGCCCGCCGGAGUUUUCUGAAGCUGGAGCAGCAAUAGGUGCUUCUUCAACAGUGCUGAUGUCUUCAUGUCUUGACCAAUGACAUAAUUUGGAUCUAGGAGAAUCUAGGAGAAAGCUCUUUAUUUCCAGAAUGGAGGAAAGUACUUCCAGUAGUGGAAUGGAUUCCCUAACCUGUGGAGAGAUUCCACGGAGCAGGUCAGAGGGGACUUUGAUUGAUGUGGAUGACAGGACACCUUCAGCCAGCUACAAUGUCAAUGAACGUAAAUUGGAUUUGAAUAUUGACUGGUCUGAUGCGUUCAAACACGCCCGUGCUGUUUCCAAGACUAAUCCUUUCUGGAAUGAACUGUCAGCCUCCAACCCUUUCGUACAUGAUAUAGCUGCUUCAAAUAGAAAUGAAAAUAAUAAAUACCUUUCAAUCUUAAAAGAAAAACCUUAUUUGUUCUCUAAAGCUUCUACCAACAGGGAUUCUUUGGCUUCCUCGGGUGAUGAGCUAGAUAUUGAUUGUCUUCUAAGAAAGACUUCAACAAGAAGAUCUGGACGAUCCAAGAGUGUCUCUGACUUCCUGGAUAUUGUUGAAAACAGAAGAUUUACUCCUCACGAGACAACACCUCAAAAAACUAUAGCUUGGGAUAUGACAUGGCUUCAAAAAGACCGUGAAGCCUACAAGAUGGCUUGGUUGAGUCAUCGACAACUCACUCGGUCUUGCCUAGAUUUAGAAGCCAUGAGCCAUAGUCCUGGAUGGGCACAAACGCAAGCUACAGACAUUCAUGUAGUUUGUAAACUAAAUUAUGAAGGCGGUUCAGUACAGCUACCUGACUCAGAUAUCAACAUUCAUGUCCCUGUGGGUCAUGUAUUACCUGGGGAAUUCCAAGAAGUUGGUUUAAAGGCUAUCCUCAACCCUCCAUCAUCAUUUAACAAUGAGCUGUCUAGCACUGUAAGCCCUCUAAUAGAACUUACGCUGAGCAACCUCAACACGAGGGAAGGAAUUUUCCUAGAGGUGAAAGUUGCAGCUAAAGUGAAGAAUGAUCCACUCAGCCAAGUUAUGAGUGAAAUGGUGUGUUUUUUUAGUCUCAAUAAAGAAGGGCCUUUUAAGAAGUUAGAGAAUUGCUACACUUAUCAAGAUACCAUACAAGUGAAGCUAACAGACCUAAGUCAUGUGAUGUAUGCUGUGAUUGUCAUACGAGCAAACAAAAUCCAGCCUCCAGCAACUCAUGUCUGGGACUAUGUUCAUAGAAUGGUCUCAGUUGGAAUUUAUGGUCCCAAAUACAUUCAUCCUUCUUUUACAGCAGUUUUUACGGUCUUUGGUCAUAACUACAUUCCAGGAAAACUCACAAUUUGUGACAUAAAAAAGGGAGGGAAAAAUAUGCCUCCCGUUGUGUUUCAGCUGUGGGGAAAACAUACAUUUUCACUUGAAAAGCCACGAGAUCUAAACAUUUCUUUGAUAUCCUGUGAUCCAGAUUUUGAAGUGAAGAUGGAAGACCAAAACAAAAAUAUUAAAGAGGAGGAGCUGAAAAGUGGUGAAAUGGUCCGCCAACAAUUCCUGUUUUCCAUGCUUGGAUGUAGGGAGAUGCAUUUCUUUGAUUUCCUCGUUCAGAUUAAAGUCUUAAAAAGUAGCCAAGUGACACAGUUCCAUGUUACAAGUCCUGACCCAGCUCCAAAGUUGAGUGGAAUUAUCAAUAGACCAAAACGCUUACAAAACCGUAAAGAAAUAAAAUCUGCACCUUUGCUUUUAAUACCAACAGUUAAAUAUCCAAAGUUUCAAGAUAAAACUUUGAGUGUUAAUACUUAUGGAGUGGCUUUGAAAACUGUAUUACGUCAAAAUAAGAUUGACUAUUUGCUAGAAUAUUUUAAAGGGGACACAAUAGCACUUCUUGGUGAAGAUAAAGUAAAAGCCAUUGGACAAACUAAAAUAAAAGAGUGGUACGUAGGCGUUCUCAGAAGAAAGAUUGGUCUUGUACAUUGCAAAAACAUAAAAGUAAUUUCCAAAGAACAAGCUAUGGACACUGCUGAUAGUGAGCUAACAACCAGGAAUCUUGUUGAACAAAUUGCAUUGCCAUUCAAAAAAUUGACUUACAUCUACUCAGUAGUUCUGUCUACAGUAGCAGAGAGUGUUUAUGACUGGAGAGCUUUGGCUGAGGUGCUGGGAUACUCACAUUUGUCUUUAGAUGACUUUAAUGUGGCACAUGCUGAUAAAGAAUCAGAAAGAGUUGCACAUGUAGUGAAGAGGAUGAAGGAAGACUGCCAUGCUAACAAAAAAAAAAGACUGUUUCUUUAUGAGCUCAUUGUUGCACUUUUGAAAAUAGAUUGCCAGGGAUUAGUGGCACGUCUUACUCAGGACACCAUCAUUUUGACUUCAGCUGUCAAGCUUGGCAAAUACUGGCGGGAGCUUGCGGAGAAGCUAGCCCGGCUCACAAAGCAGCAAAUCGAGGCCUAUGAAAAACCCCACCAAGGGAAAAAUGGAGCAGUAGCUCUGGAGAUGAUGUGGAAACCUGCAUAUGACUUUCUCUACACGUGGGCUGCCCAUUAUGGAUACAGUUACAGGGAUGUCUUACAGGACCUGCAAUCAGCCUUGGAUAAAACGAAAAACCCAGUAACAAAACACUGGCGAGAGUUAACUGGGACAUUAAUUCUUGUGAACUGCAUGGAGGUUUUAAGGGCAAGUGCUUUCUCCAAAAUGGAGGAAGAAUAGGACACCAAGAUAUGUUUUUGAAAAAAUCAUUUGGGAAACUGUACUGCUGAUAUUUAUGUUUCAGUGAUGCUUGCAGAGCAGGACAGAAUGCAGUUUGUUUUCUGUGAGCUGAUGCUGGGUCUAGCCCCAUGGUUCUCAGCUACAGAUCUUGCUAAUGGCUACUGCAUAUAUAAGAAAAGAGUGGGGGAUUAAACUAGUGAGGUCAACAAAAAUGACUUGAAUUCUAUAGGGUAGUUUCUAAAAGGAGCCAUUUCUGAUUGCACUGACUUCUAUGUGGAAAUCAGUUUUAAAAACAGAACUACACAUGGAUGAGUUCAGUCUGUGGGGCCUAGAUAUACAUUGUUUUGUGUGAGGUAUUAAAAAUCUAAGUAUUUAAUACGUUAUUUUAACUGGCGUACAAACCCCUCAACUCCAAAUCAAUGGGUACAGGUUAGCCUAGAAAAAAAACUUCGGGAUACUUAAAUUUGCAACUUGGGCAAAAUUAAUCUCAUCUGCUCACAAAAUAGAAAUUCAACAGUUAUUUGCACCUGGGAAAUCCUGCUUAGUCCUUCCAAAACAGCUUUUGAUAACUUUUUUGAAGACUGGAAGAGAGAUGGGCAAUGUAAUGGUCAAAGAUGAUUGGUUUUGAUUGGUUUGUUGAUGUAACCAACUGGGUUUGUGUUCUCUCUUUUUUGUUGUUGUUUUGUUUGUUUGGGUUUUUUGUUUGUUGUUGUUGUUGGUUUUGUGGUUUUUGUUGUUGUUUUGGAGUUUUUUGUUUUGUUUUAAUUCGAGCAAAUGUGUCUAGAUUCUGCUGAGUGGAAAUCCAGGAAAAUUCAGGAAGCCUUCUUGGUGUACAUUGUCCAUCCCUCUGAUCAUUUGCUUAUUCCUACUCUGUCAUUAUUAAAUAGGUAAAUAGGGAAGAAUGGCUUUGUAGAUACAAAGGCUGUAGAUAGUUUAUACCCGCUUCUGUUGAUAAUUUUAUUCUGCCUUACUGUAUGAAGAAUAAUAAGUGAUGGCUAUUAUUUUCUCAAAAAAAGUUGUCAGUUGGGUGCUUUUUAGAUUAAUUUAUUAUGGAGCAAUUAAUUAUCAUUAGUCACAUUUUUAAAAAAGGACCCUGCUUAAAUACAACCAAUAAAAAGCUGAGUAGCUUCUUAUAAAUACAGAAAGUAGAGGCUGAAUAAUAGCUACAGGCUACCAAACUAUUUUAUUUUUUUUUAAAUGAGAUUUGAAAAAUAUAUUUUAGUUAAGUGAUAGAUCUAAAAGGUUAAAGACAUUCUGAACAUCUCUAAUCAUUGUUCAUUCUGAAACAUCAGAAAAUGCUCAUGAUAACCAGUUGAAAAUUGGAGUUCUGCUAUCAGGUGCAGUUGACAAGCCAAAGGCAAAUUCUUUCAGGAGUACCACAAAGUAGUAGCAUCUCAGUCCAGAAUCUGUGCUUCCACUGUUUUUUUAGUUGAUCUCUUCUAAGGAGGGAGGUCUUGUGAUUUAACAUACAAACAUUUUUCUUCCCCUCUCCUUUCCUUUGACUUGCUUUUUCUUCUGCUUUCAUUAAGUUUCCCAAAGCUUGCAUAGCUCAGGAAGGAGGCUGAGGAAAGAGCACUUGCUCCAGCAAUGGGAAAGCUCACUCACUAAAAGACCCUUUAGCGUCAGGGCGUGAGUGAAUUAGCAUGCGUGCAAGUUUCUGCCUUUCUGGACUUGUUCCUGAUUUGCAACAGAACAAGGAAUUCAGCCCACAGAACAGUAAUUGGUGUUGCUGAUCAAAGAAAGGUGGAGAAAAAGGCAUCAGAUGAUUAGAGCUCCCUGUUCUUUUAGGUGCUAGCACCUGUUUUAUGUCUUGCCCUGUGCAGUUUUAAAACAAGCUGCAGAGAAAAUAUGAAAUACCUUUCUCUUGUUAGCAGUACUUCUGGGCAGAGACCAGCUGUUCCUUCCUUCUCGACCCCCAAAGGAGAGAAAGCCUCUGUUGUCUUUCUUUUUUGUGGUGCUGGGUAAGGAAAAGGUGCCUUCUGGUUCAUUUGAAAAUAGGCUUCUUCAAAGGCAAAAGUAUAAAUUCAAAUAUUUAAAUUAUAAAUAUUAAAAAUAGACAUUAAAUUAAAAAAAACCCCAAACACCUUUAAAAUAAUAUUUACAACAUGCCACUGCAUACUCUCAGGGAAAUUUUUUUGCAGGUUACCCAGAUUGCUGCUGCUUUCACCCUAGCCCCUGCUUAUAGCAGACACUCUGAAACCUGAACAGGAUUUUGCAGUGGUGCAAGAGGUCACACACCAUCUCCCUGCUUAAAACUGCAGGGAAAUACUUUUUAGCUCCCUAAGAGCUGAAAUACCUGGGCAGAUCACAGAGAAAAUCUUUCAGCUUCACCACAUUAUCUCAUCAGCUGAUUUCCAUGCAUCCUGACAGGCCAGGCUCUCUUACUGAAAGCCCUGUUAAGCACCCACCUCUUCUUUUUCUUUCCUUCUUGUUAACCUGGCUGCAACAGCAAAACAACUCAACUUACUUCUGCUUCUGAAACAGGUGUGUGCUUCCAUCUGUUUUUUGCACAUAUUAAUUUCUUACCUUUAGCAAAUGUGCAUUUACUGCAUGCCUUGUUGAAAAAGAAAGUAAUAUCCAAGUUCAGUCCUGUAUUUUCCUGUUAUGAUAUUACUACUAGUCAAAAGGUGGGGGGGAAAGCUACUUAGAAGCACCCAUUCCCAGUUGUGUGAUUCUACCAAAUAUGAAGGACAAGCUGCCCAAAGACUUUAGGGCUGAAGGACAAACCAUUCUGAGAAGGUGGGCAGUGAUCAGGAACUCGGGAUGAGAAGUGCCUAGAGAGCAGAGGCUGUUGCCUGUUAUUCUCAUGGCCAGGCCCUCUCAUUGCUGUGAAACAACGGCAAAGUUGUUUCUGUCUUGAACGAGAGUUGAAUUUGGCCCAGUAAGUUUAGCAAAUAUUGACUUAGUGAGUCAGUGUUCUCCUCAGCUUGCAGAAUUAUGCAACUGGUCCUCCAAGUAGAUUUCUUUAAAGGGGAAUUUGUAUCUGUUUGUAGUUGUGCCAUACUCCAGGGUCUUUGACUGUUGGCUUCGGUUGCUAAUUGUGUUCCCUGUUUUUGCUUUAAGCUUCUGCUCAUAUGAAUGAAAUGUGCACUCGUGCAAUAUAUUCUGUUUACUUUAGCAGCCCACACUGGAUAUACUAAAAAAAAAAAAAAAAAAGGUAUUUAAACCCCAUAUUUUAUUUAGUGCUCUAGUAUUCAAAACCACAAAAUGCCAGCUGAGAGUGGAAGCAGCUGCACUCAGCAGCAGCACACAGCUAGAAGCACAUGGCUUUGGUAAACAUGCUCUGUUCCUGACCUUUUCUCCUUUCCUCCCACCCUGUCAAGAGAGAACAGCUUUCCCAUGAGUCUGCACACAUACCUUCUUGGGUUUCUGUGAAGUGGGAUGAAAUUAACAACUCCUGUACCAGCCCCUGGUCCUUGCCUUAAAUGACCCUCUGUUUCCAGGUUUCCCAGUUUCUUUGUGUAGCCUGGGGAAAAGAGUUGUGUCAGCCAGUUCUAUUUCCCUUUGUAACUGUAGAUAGAAAAAAAAAACACCUCUUUCACCCUUCUUCUAGCCUUUGAAUGCAUACAAUACUUAAGCAAACAAGCAAACAAACACUUAAGUGCACCAAUAUCUUUGCUAUUCCAUCUACCCAUGAAAGCUGGAAAAGGUUCCCUUGGGUCUGGCUGCACCUGAAUGGGACAGAUACUUUCCAUACUGGGCAGCAGCAGCAAGCAAAAUCUAGCUGUUACUCAUGCUAGAAAUGUUGUUUUUUCAAUGCAGUUGGAAGCCAUUCCUGUUGUUACAGUACAGAGUCAUCUCAGCACCAUGCCAUUUAAUGGCACAGUGGGGUGACUUAUUUCUGAAUUAAUAACAGUCAAGACAGGAGAGAAAAGGCAAAUUAUUCCCUCACUUAAGUUCCAGUCCUCCACUUGGGUUUGGGGAAGGAGUCAGUUCCUUAGGUUUCACUUGUUUUUUUGGGAAGCAGAGGUUUAGGGCAGGAAAAGGAAGUUUCUUCUAAUAUAAGUAAAAGGCUACUCCCUAAGCCAGUGUGCAGGCAGCAGGUUGGAUGUCAAGAGAAAGCUGCAGGUUGAGGAGCAUACCUCAUGGAAUUUUCCAGGGAAUAAAAACAGAGCAGGCUUCAGCCAUCCUUCUUCCCAAGGCCAGAAAAAUGGGGAGAAGUGGAUGAGUGUCUCUUAAGGCUUUUUUUUUUUUUUUUUUUUUUUGUGAAAAUGACUGAUUUUCACAAAUCCUUCCUGUAAAACUAAGCUCUGUGAAAAGCAAACACUAAGCACCUUCAAAGGAACAACAGUUUCUCUAUGUUCAGUUGACUCUAAAGACUUAUUCCUAAAGUAUUUCUGGACUCAGUAAGUGAUGUAGCCAACAAUGACCUACUAAAUAACAAAGCCUGUUGUUUAGAACUGCAGAUGGCAAUACCAUGUUCCCAGCUAAACCCAGUGAUCCUGAUUUUUCAUCAAAUAAUAACUUGUUCAACUAAGAAGAGCUGAACUAAAUAGGAACAUAGAGCUUUGCUGUUUUGUUCUAUUUUUGUCAUAGCUAUGAAAAUUGCUCAUGAAAAGUCAAUAAAAUGGUAAGUGGAGAUGAAUUUCAACCCCGAGGAACAGGAUGUAGCAAAUGAUAUUCUGAAUAUUAGUGUGAGACACCAACCAGUCUAUUAAAUUCUCUGGAGAGGUCCUAGAACAAUUGUAGAUAUGUAAAGAAAGUGUCCAGUGUGGGUGAUAACUGUUGUUCCUGACUGUUCUGCUGGCAAUAAAUGACUACAGACAUUAUAGGAUAUACUUAUUCAAAUAACUCAUGAUUAUUCUUAGUACAGGAAGUGCCAUUUUAUAUUUAUUGCCAAUGUGUAUAUUAUGUGUAUAUUAUCUAUUUUUUUUAACUUACAGUAUAUAUUUUUAAACAAAAUAAACAAAGGAAAACAA